UACGAAAGCGAUCGUAUUUAAACAGAGUUUAUAUCCAAUAAAGCCAGCCACGCAUAAUCAAUCGAAGUGUUCUGCAUAAAUAACAGCAGUAUGCCUAAAAGAAAAUCUCAACUAUCUAAACACACAUCGAAGACAAGAGCGGCUAUUGUACGCCGAAAAAGAGAAACUUCCUCUGAGCAUGCACAGCGCCUUGCAAGAGAAAGGGAAUACAGAUUGCAAGCGCGUGCUAGAGAGUCUAGCACUGAAAGGUCUCAGCGACUGGCUGAUCAUAGACAGAAUAUGUCAAAAAUACGUGAUAGGGAGUCUAGCGCCGAACAUUCGCAGCGGCUUGCCAGCCAAAGAGCAAUUACCUCUGCAAGACGUGCAAGGGAGACUAGCACCGAAAGGUCUCAGCGACUGGAGAAGCAUAGGCAGAAAAUGGCAGAAAUACGUGCUAGGGAGUCUAGCACCGAACGUUCGCAGAGGCUUAUUGCGGCGUCACAGAGACAGCGAACAUCCAGAAUACGCAAUCGAAGUGCACCUCACAGUUAUAGAUCAGCUUUCAAUUAUGAUCCCAACAACGAUUAUGCUAUGCAGAGCACAGUAACAAUUGGAGCCAUGAGUAAAAUCUGUCGUAAGUGUUCUGCAAAAAAAUGGAGCGAUGAACCAAAUGGUAUGUGUUGUGCUGCAGGUAAAGUGAUGUUGCCUGAUAUUGAAGAGCCGCCACUUCCUCUAAAAAGUCUCUUGACAAGUGAUCAUCCGUAUUCUACGCAUUUUUUAAAGAAUAUACGUAAAUAUAAUACACUGUUUCAAAUGACGUCCUUCGGUGCCAAAGAAAUUCGCGAAGGAAACUUUAUGCCUACUUUUAAAAUAGAGGGUCAGAUUUAUCAUUUAAUUGGUAGUCUUCUUUCUACAAAAGGUCAAAGCCCGAAAUUUUUACAGACAUAUUUUAUUUCCGAUGCGGACCAACUUUCUUUGCGAUCUAACAUGAAUCCCACUUUAAAAACCGAUUUGAUCAAUGAUUUACAGACCAUGUUAAAUAGCCAUAACGAAUAUAUACGCAGUUUCAAAUACAAUUUAGAAAGCGCAUCGUUCUUGGACAACUUCAAAUUAAUAAUUUAUGCCGAUCGCACUCCACAAAAGCAACAUCAAGAAAGAUACGACUCCCCUACAACAAACGAAGUCGCCGUAUUGUUAGUAGACGAAGACAAAGGACCCCGAGAUAUAAUACUACAUAGUAAAGAUGACCAGCUAAAAAGAGUGUCUGAAUUGCAUCGCGCUUACGAUCCCUUGCAGUAUCCGUUGAUGUUUGUGAAAGGAGAAGAUGGCUAUUAUCUGACUAUACAGCAACAAGGUUCAACACAAAACAAAACAGUUUCCUGUAGGCAGUUCUAUGCAUACAGACUAAUGGUCAAAGAUAACCGUUUCAAUACUUUACAUCAUUAUCGAGAUUUACUCAGUCAAUACUGCGUUGACAUGAUGGCUAAAAUGAUAUCAGAAAGGUUGAAUUUUAUAUCCAGAAACCAACAAAAGUUAAGAGCUGAAGAUUAUAUACAUUUAAGAGAUGCUUUAAAUAGGGAUGCUAAUGUAAAUGCUGCAAAUAUUGGCCAACACAUUAUCUUGCCCUCAUCUUUCACGGGCUCGUCGCGAUACAUGCAUGAAAAAAUACAAGACGCUAUGACAUACGUACGAAAUUACGGAAGGCCUGACUUAUUUGUUACCUUCACUUGCAAUCCCGAGUGGGAAGAAAUAAAGCAAGAACUUUUUUCUGGGCAGCGACCUUUCGACCGACAUGACAUUAUAGCAAGGGUCUUUCGUUUAAAAAUGAAGAAGCUUAUUAAGCUAUGUACAAAAGAAGAAAUUUUCGGAACAGUCAAGUGUCAUAUUGCCAGUGUGGAGUGGCAAAAACGUGGUUUACCACACUGUCACAUGUUGUUUUGGCUAGAAAAUAAAAUACAACCUGACGAAAUUGACAAGAUUAUAGUAGCUGAGCUACCCAAUAAAGAUGAUGAUCCGGCAUUGUUUGACAUUGUGACCAAACACAUGGUACACGGACCAUGUGGGGAGCAAAAUCUUACAUUACCGUGUAUGAAAAAUGGCAUAUGUUCACAAAAAUAUCCACGCGCUUUUGUCACUGUUACCCAAACUGGAGAAGAUGGAUAUCCUGUUUAUCGGCGCCGAAAUCUUGAUAAAGGCGGUCAGGUAGCUACUAUCAGUAUUCGUAAUCGGACUGUUACUAUAGACAACACAUGGAUCGUCCCGUACUCUCCAAUUCUCUGUCGAACUUUUAACGCCCACAUAAACGUGGAAUACUGCAGUUCUGUUGAAGCUAUAACAUACAUUUGUAAGUAUAUGAAAAAAGGGUCGGAUCAAACAACUUUUGGCGUAAGAAAUGCUCAUGAUGAAGUUGAAAAUUAUUUAAAUGGACGGUACAUAAGUACAUCGGAAGCGGUAUGGAGAUUGUUGGAAUUUCCUAUACAUGACAGAUACCCUACUGUAUUGCAGUUAGCCAUACAUUUAGAAAACGGCCAAAGAGUAUAUUUUUCACCGGACAAUGUGCACGGAGUAGUGGAAAACCCACCAAAAACAACACUAACCGCAUACUUUGAUUUGUGCAAUUCCGAUAGCUUCGCAAAAACUUUACUUUAUCACGAAGUCAUCCACUAUUAUACCUGGGCUUCUAAUAAAUUUACCCGAAGAAAACGCGGAGAAGAUGUCACUGGGCAUCAAGGAAUAAGAAAAGAUACUGCUUUGGGAAGAGUAUACAGUGUACAUCCUUCUCAGUCAGAGUGUUUCUAUCUUAGAGUUUUGCUUCACCACGUACGUGGUCCCACCUCAUUCCAGGACUUAAAAACUGUAAAUGGAGUUGUCAAAGAAACAUACCAAGCUGCUUGUCGUGAGAGAGAUUUGAUAGAAAACGAUAACCAAUGGGAAAAAACUUUGAAAGAAGCUUUAACUUUUCAAUGUGCUUCAGCUUCAAAGUUGAGGGAGUUGUUUGUAGUGAUAUUAUUAUUUUGUCACCCAUCUCAACCACACAAAUUGUGGGAAAACUUCAAAAACCAUUUAUGUGACGACAUAAGAAUACGACAGCAAAAUCAGGACUCUACUUUACGCUAUAAUUAUGACGUCUACAAUGAAGGUCUAAUACUAAUAGAAAAUAAACUCUUAGAACAUAAUGAGAAAACCUUAAGUGAUUUUGGUUUACCUUCUCCAACUCGGACACAUAACAAUGCAUCGGAUGUAAUAUUAUCACGUUCGUACGACAACAAUGCGUUGUCACUUUUUGUUAAUGAGAAUUUAGCGAAAUUAGUUAGAGAUCAAAGACAAGCUUUUGAUGUAAUUAUUGACAGUGCGCUCAACAACAGGGGUAAAAUAUUUUUUCUGGACGCCCCAGGAGGCACUGGAAAAACGUUCCUCGCAAAUUUGAUAUUGGCAAAACACAUUCCACCUUUAAGUUACCACUAA